AUGCCAGUCGACGUCUCCAUGUUUCUUGAGCGGAAUGCGUCUGCGCCGACUCCGCGGCUGCCAGGCCACGGCUGCUUCAUCCGUGGGGCGCGACGCAGGGGCAAGACGUCCUUUGCGUUCCAGGCGGCCGUCAACACGGUACAGGACGGUGCCCGUGCUGUCGUGCUCUGCCAGGAGCAUGUGCUUUACUCCAAAAUGCCACAGCCGUUUACCCCCUUAACUAUGCUCGAUGAGGCGGCACUGCGCCGCAUUGAGUUCGUGUAUGUGGAGAGCCUCGCCGAUGUUGUACGCGAGGUGGGCGGUUGGUCCACGCCGCAUGAGGCCCCUGCGUUGGUGCUCGUCGAUGACGACAGUCUCACGGACGCGGGGGAUGUUAGGCGGACUGCGCAGGUGCUGUCCGCUCUGGAGAACGUGCACGAGUGGCUAACACGCAUCGGGCAGGUGUUUCACUACGUGCUCGUCUCUAAUAGCUUUGCGGAGCGGCAGCAGAGUGUCGAGCUCCCGUUUGCCGCCUUUCCGCUUGUAAAUGCAUUGUUCGGUUCUGCGGGAACCGUGUCGCUGCAGCCGACGCAAUCGGAGAUGACGCAGAUGAAGCCACUGCGACUGGAGUGGCGCGACGGACUCGUGCUUCAGACAGAUCACCCUCGCUGUAGCUAUGCAGCCCUCCCUGCAGAGUGA